GAUGGGAAAAUAUCGAUAUCGCGGUUGUGGUAUUCUUACGUUCAUUGUUUGGUCACACUGUGCAUAUGCUGAAAAAUGGCUGACACUUUAAUUGCCGAAUCAAGUGAUUUGUUUUAGUGGAUUUGCUUGCUAUUAUGCUAAGCUGUGCACAAAACGCUACACAACUAGUAAACGAAUGUAUUUUAAUGCUAUGCUAAUUUAAUACAUGUGUUAAAACACACUUAAAGAAAAGACUGCGCACAAAUAAACGGCAUACAAUAACAAUGAUGAACAACCAUUUUCAAUUGCAAGCACAUGAACACAACAAUACGCCACAAAAUGUGGCACCUCACUUUGCGGGCACAGUCACAGCUGCUCCCACAACAUACAGUUUCUUAACGCAGCCAACAUCCGCCGCAACAGCUCCAAAUACACAGCAAUGGCUAACCUAUCAAAUACUGCCGCCACCCCCUCCAACGCUAGCAACAAAUGCCGGCAACAAUAUAACGCCAAGCAUUAGCAGCGCUAAGCGUUACUAUGCCAACGCAGGAGUAACUGCCAAUGCAACCGCACAUGCGCAUCCCGGCAGCAUUCAGAUAACCAACAGCUAUGCCCAACAGCAGCAGCAGCCCUCGCAAACGUUGUCAAGCCCGUUUAAGACAAAUGGUAUCAAUAACAUUCGCAUUAUAAGCACAACGCCAAAUGUUUAUAGUCUUAAUAAAACAAACAACGAGCAGCUGAAUCAGCUUUAUGCUGCGCCUACAACAACAACUGUAUCAGCAACGCCAGCCACGGUUGCCAACGAACUGUAUGCUUCAGUGGGCGCCUUCUACACUGCAGCGCCGAAAUUGCAAGCGCAGCCGCCGCCAUUGGUGCCGGUUAGCAAUCAUAGCAAUAGUACUAGCACUGCCGCCGCCCCACCCACUGUUGUGCUGGAUCGCAUAAAUAUCUGCAUUAACAAUCACUAUACGGAAUCAAAUCUAUGCCAGCCUUCGCCCAUUAUACCAGCUAUACAGCAUAAGGCAUUGUUGCCGCUAAUUGACAGCAGCGCUGCUGAUAGCAGCUGUGGAAGCAGCUCUGUUUCCAGCAGCACAAACACAGCUAGUGCAAGUACAAGUGCUGUCAUUAUUAUAGACGAGCCGGACUCUACCACAACCACACCGCAAACGCCGCCCACAACGCCGGAGACUUUAAGCUCGCCACAUAAAUCUCCCAGCAGCAGCAGCUGCCGUAGUAGCAGCAGCAGUUCACCAACAACGCAGACGCAGCUGAAGCAGAGCUUCGCUAGCGUUACGCAAAGCAUACAAGAAGUCGCAGCACCACUUACACCGCCCACACCACCGACGUCAGCAGCAGCAGCAGAGGCACCAUCGAGCCCCACGCCUAUUAAAUAUGACCUGCAAGAGGAUGUUUUUAUCAAGUGCAACGAUGGACGCUUCUAUUUGGGCACAAUCAUAGCCCAAUCUGAGAAGCAGUAUCUUGUGCGCUUCGAUGACAAAUCGGAGCAAUGGUGCGAGCCGGAAAAACUUCGAAAACUGGGCAGUGAACCCAGCAAAGCAGCCAAGCCCGCUGGACCCAUGUGUGUAGCUUGCAAGCAAGCCCAAAGCGAGGAUAUUGUCGAAAUCUGUGAACGCUGUGGACGUGGUUAUCAUCGUGGUUGUACCACCGAAAUUGCCAAUGGCGUUUGGUGUUGCAAGCGCUGCACCAAACCCAUGAAGAUGCAAACUACAUUGUUGCAAAUGGAGAGCAACAAGCCACCAGGCAUCUGUCGACAACUGCCGUAUCAUACAAACAAGUUAAGCUGGGAUGAAAAGCAUCGCGUGAAUGAAGAGCAAAUAUAUUGUUAUUGUGGCAAGCCAGGCAAAUUUGAUCACAAUAUGCUGCAGUGUUGCAAGUGCCGCAACUGGUUUCAUACACAAUGCAUGCAGAAUUUUAAGCGCAAGCUGUUGCGGGGAGAUAUAUUUUUUGUAUUUUGCUGUACGGUUUGUAAUGAUGGCGUCGAGUUUGUGCGUCGACUGCAAAUUGAUUGGGUUGACAUGCUGCAUAUAACGCUUUAUAAUCUGCGCAAGCAUCAGCAUCAAAAGUAUCAUCAUUUAAUGGAGGACAUUUGGCCGUUUAUACUCGAGCAUCGUCAACAGUUGCCCAUUUGUGAGGAAUGGCGUCAACUGCCCGAAACAACGCUAAUGGAGCGCAUUAAGCAAACGCUUAAAGAAUAUUCCGAGCGUUUUGUCUGCGGUCGCGAAUCCAAACGUGCGCCCGCCUAUUAUGCCUUACGGCACAGUGGACCGCCCUUGACCCCACGCGUGUUGUUACAACCACACGAGCAGCUCAGCGAUGAGCUGCUGAUAAACAAGUUUAAGCUGCUCCUAAUGCCCGAAGAAAUGAAGCCGCAUAGGAAAGAUGUCUAUGAGUUUCAUACGGACGAUGAUGAGGAUGAGGAGGAAAUGGCUACACCAACAGCACUGGCCCAGCCAGAAGCUGAGGCUGAGGCAGACACCAGCGAAGAUGAAUUACCCAUUAAGCAAAUCAUGGACAAGGUCAAGCAGCAAAGCACCAAACAGUCUGCAGUUGCGACAGUGACGCCGCGCACACCCGAUCUGGCCGACGAUAAUGCCAAUGAUGGUGACGCAGGCAAGCUGUUAGCGCCAACGAUUACACCGCAACAGCUGGGCAACAGUCGCAAGCGUAAGGCAUUUCGUUCGUCAAAGCGUUACGAUAACAGCCGCAACUGUGAUCUCUCCUCUGAUGAGAAUUCAAGCAGCAGCCGUGGCACUAGCUCGCUGGAUCUUAUCAUACCGCCACCAGUUAACUUUCUGGGCCGUAAUAAUCCAUUUCUAAUGGCCACGCCCAAGAAAUCUGUGCAACAACGUGGCGUUGGCAUUGGUGGCACUGCUGGCGUUGCUGGCAUUAUUAAUAGCAUUUUCAAACUGAAGAGCAUCAAGCAGCUAAACAGCUUUGAACUGGCCAAGGCAACAUCGCAACAGCCGCGCAUGGUGCGCACCAUAAAGCGAAGACUGAGUGCCAAAGAUAUUACCAUUGGGCCCAAUCAGGAGGUGCGCAGGCGACGCACACGACGCCUGACAACGGCCGUGGAGGUUAUCAACACUACAACUAUCAAUCCCAUACCUAGCCACUACUUUCCCAUAUAUGCCAAAGAUUUGCAGCUACCGCCGCCAGCGCCUGCGCUGCUGCCGCCAAAGAAGCCGGCGCAUGGACGAUUGCUACGCCAACGGCCGCAAAAAUUACGUUGCAGCUCUUCGAGCAAUAGCCGCCGUAAUUCAAGCAGUUCCACGACUACAAGUGGUAGCAGCCAUUGUAGCGCCAACAGCAAUGGACACUCGUUGUUGGAUUUGAAGCAAUCAGUGAAUAAAUACUUUGGCGGCGCCAUGAAUCGCAUCGAUGCUGGAGAGUCAUUUGCUAUACGCGCUACACGACGCAUUGGCAACAGGCAGGUGCAGUAUCUGGUGGAGUGGGUGGGCGAUACAGCUGCCACAGCCCCAGCCACAACUACAACAACACAUGGAAACUGAGCAUUGGCCUUUAGUACGUUUACUUAUUGACUAUUAUUAUUAAUUAUUAUCAUUUUCUUGCGUUUCUUUUCACACCUAAUUUAUUAUAUAAGCCAAGAGUUUGCUGCCAGGUAUUUUUUAGGCCCCCUCUUAUUGUUUUGUUAAUUUUUUUGAAUGAAAACGCACUGCCAAAAUAGCUAAAUAUUUCAAUGAUAAAUAUAUACAACAAAAGUUUGGCAUUUAUAAUAUGCAAAAAAUAACUGAAUACAGGUUUUAAUUGUGCAAUGGCAGUUAAUUGUUAAUUAAGCAAAAACAAAUGUAAAUGUAACUGAAACUGAAAGAGAAUCUUCUUAAUAUGGUGUAAGCUAAAAUUGGCACUAGGCAAAGUAUUACAAUAUUUAACUGCUUUUGUUUAAAUCUACUGCUGAAGAAAAAAAAACGUAUUAAAUAAUUAGGCAAACUAUUUGGAAAAGCAUAGUUUGCUGCUAAGUUAAGUUUCAGUUCCAAGUAUAUUAUAGACAUUAUUACAUACAUUUUUGAAAAAUAUAUGUACUAUCUAAAUUAAACAUAGAAUUAUGUAAUGCAUACAAAAAAAUACAUAAGGUAUACUGAACACAAAAAAAAACCAACCAACAAAUAAUUGA